ACCAGAGAGAGAGGGAGAGAGAGAGAGCGCAGUAGGACAAGAUCACGAACAUCGACCAAUGCUUCUAAUCCUGCGCAAAAAACAACGGGUUAUGUGUUUAGUCAAGUAGAACAAAUCUAACGUUUCAGCUCAGUAAACAGAAGUCCGCCAUCAUCGACCAAACGACGAGAAGAUGUCUGGAAAAGACAGGCUCGACGUUUUCCCCUCCAGAAUGGUUCAGACCAUCAUGAAGGCUCGGCUCAAGGGGGCGCAGACAGGCCGCAACCUCCUCAAAAAGAAAUCCGAUGCCCUCUCCAUGCGCUUCCGUCAGAUCCUUCGCAAAAUUAUCGAAACGAAGACUAAGAUGGGAGAGGUGAUGAGAGAGGCGGCCUUCUCUUUGGCUGAAGCCAAAUUUGCAGCCGGAGACUUCAGCACAACUAUCAUCCAGAAUGUCAACAAAGCCCAAGUGAAAGUCCGUGCCAAGAAGGACAACGUGGCAGGUGUCACCCUUCCAGUUUUUGAAUUCUAUCAAGAAGGCGGCGACAGUUACGAGCUGACUGGUCUGGCCAGAGGAGGAGAGCAGCUGUCCAGGUUGAAGAGGAACUACGCCAGAGCUGUUGAGCUGCUCGUGGAGUUGGCCUCCUUACAGACAUCUUUUGUCACGCUGGACGAAGCCAUAAAGAUCACCAACCGCCGUGUGAACGCUAUUGAGCACGUGAUUAUUCCCCGGAUCGAUCGCACCCUCACCUACAUAAUCACAGAACUGGAUGAGAGAGAACGAGAGGAGUUCUACAGGUUGAAGAAAAUCCAAGAGAAGAAGAAGCAGCUCAGGGAGAGGACAGAGUUGGAGAUUGCCGCCCGCCUGGCUAAACUGGGUCCAAUCGCAGAGCCCACCAACAUGCUGAUGGAGGAGACGGAUGAAGACAUGCUGUUUGAGUGAAGAGACAAGUCCCUGACUUCACAUAAAUUCCUAUUUAUUCUGUGCCUCUAAGGCCACGUUUAUGUCUUCUCAUCCAUUAGAUGAAAGCUGUUUUCGGUGUACUUGUCUGUGAUGAUUUGUUCUAUCGCUUCAGUGUAUUUCAUGAUUUCAUCACUGUAAAAAAAACCAAAGUGUUGUAUCACUGGGCUGUUUGCCCUCAAGGGGCAUCAGUUCCUUGCACACUGUUCACUUAACAAUAAUAACAACAAUCUUAGAUGUACACACAUGGUUUGUGAGUGAAGUCAAAGAAGGAUUCGGUGUGAUUAACUUGUAGAUAUUUCCUGCUCCUCAUCACACCCAAAGCCAUCGCAUGCUGUGGCGCUUAAGGUGGUUGUGGAUUUCAAAGUGUGCGAGUCUGUGUCGUGGAGGUUUGUGUUUACCUCAUUUAAGGAUGUUUACCAUUGAACCAGAAACGGCCCCGCUGUAAAGUGCAAGUGAACAAAGUCCCA